UUCUUCUUCUUCUUCUUCUUCUUCUUCUUCUUCUUCUUCUUCUUCCUCCUCCUGCUUCCCGCCCUCGCUUCGACCUUUCCGAAGUGUGCGACAAUCGCGCUGUCGGGUCCAGUUUCUACCCGACUUGGCUGCUUACUGUGGUGGUGGCUGGAUAAUUCUAGUGCGACACCUCUCAACCGUGGCAGUGGUGGUGGAUUCCCUUCUCUGCACGAGUGAGAUUGCGCACGUUCGGGGCCUGGUGGAGGCAGCCUUGCGCAUCGCAGUCAAUCUAAUCUCAACCCGCGACAAUCUCGACGCACAACAAUAAUCUCGUCUUAUAUAUACACACGAAGCUCAUCCCCGAUCGCUUUUCUGUCGCUUUGAAGCCUGUCGCGUUUUCCGAGUUCAUCAUGAGGCCCUCGACAAUCGUUCUCUGUCUCGUUCCGACGAUAGCUAUCGCCGCCGAAGCCGACCGGGCGCCGUCUCCCACCCCCUCCCUACCCAACACCACCCCGCCUGCUCCGUUACCAGAGAUUCAAAUCCGGCCCGACCACCGAGAAAACGUGCUGGGAAUCCAACAAGAGGUCCGUCAAUGGCAAGAGCGGGGGAUUCGGACGGGCGAGGACACCACCAUCGAUAGCGGACUGGGGACGCUGGCCGCCUCCUCGCGGGACACCAAAGCCCUGCGCGCUCGCAGUGAGGGCACUCUCGGACAGACGCCGUGGAUCGGAAUGGCCAUUGGAUUGACCUGUACAGCGCUGGCGGCCGUCAUGCUGGGCUGAAGGAUCGAUACCGUGGCCGCACCUGUUACCUUUGCAUACGGAGUUUCAUAAUUCUCGAUUUUACCUUUUGACGACAUUGACCGGCAACCGCAUUGGAAUCGUUGGUCGCAAUUUUACACCUUGCUACGAGCGCAUCGCAUACCUUGGGUCCAAACCUCUGGCACCUGCAUCUGAUCUGAUCUGCAGUGGACUGGUCACUUAAUACCAUGUGGAUACCGGAUACGGUCCCUGCAGGUUUUUGUUUUAUACCUUUUCUUCUUCCGUCUUCUUUGCAUGCAUACCCAAGCCACCAUGUAUAGACCGGGCAAUUCUUCUUCUUCUUUGAUGCUUGAUUGUAUGUGUAUAUGAUACCUUGGAUCUGGGGUCGAGCCGACAGGUGGCUCGCUGGUCUUUUCUUGUUCUAUUCUCAUGAUGUAUCUACCACCAUUAUUUAUGAACAAUUCUUUUUGAUUUUCUG